AUUGGUGGCACUCUAAUUGUGGGGUGAAGAAUGGGGUCAAAGGUUACAGAAAGAAACGAGUGAUCAGUGGUCAAAGAAACAUCGCUGGAGAGUGGCCCUGGCUGGUCUCUAUGCACUUUUUACCACCGACUAACUUCACCAACCAGUCAGGUUUCAAGCAUUUGUGUGGAGGCAGCCUAAUAGCUCCUGGCUGGGUACUGACGGCUGCCCACUGUUUCUCAGACGCAGCAGAAGAUGGAUUAAGCAACGUGUCAAAUUGGCGGGUGUACUUUGGAUUACACGAUCUAGCAAUGGAAGAUAAUCAGUACUACGUGCAGGAGCGUCUCAUUGAAGAGUUCUACACCUACCCAGAAUUCGACCUUAUAAAAGAACCUCUCGUCUAUGACGUUGCCCUAGUAAAACUCAACGAGUCCGUGGUGUACAGCAGCAGAGUGUCUCCGCUGUGUCUGGACGACACUGACAAACACUACGAGGAGACUCCCUGCUUCGUCAGUGGCUGGGGGCAGCUAUCGCACGAUUCACCCGGUACUCGCUUUCCUUACACGGCGUCAGUCUCCACAAUGAGUCCCGCUGGGUGCAAGAACAAGUACGACAUCCUGCCCGAGGAUCACCCGAUGAAACCCUACAUCCGCAUGACCCCUUCUGUGUUGUGUGCCAGCGUGGGCACCAGCGGCGAGGACGCGUGUCAGGGAGAUUCUGGAGGACCGCUGAUGUGCCAACAUUACGGACGCUGGUACCAAGCUGGAGUUGUCGCCGCUGGCUACUUGUGUGGACAAGAAGCCACGCCUGGACUGUACAGCAGAGUUUCCUACUAUAUGGACUGGAUCAGGCAGACAAUGGCAGACAAUGAAAGCCCCUGA